AUGGAGGAUUACAUUUCCCCAUUCGACGCCACAGUGGUCACAGCGCUGACCAAAGCGGGCGCCCACAUCACAUCGCGGAACAACUGCGAUGAGUUUGCGAUGGGCGGCCUAAACAAGCACAGCAUCUUUGGCCCUGUCGCCAAUCCGGCGGUUUAUGAGGACGUGCACGAGCCUGACAUGACCGCCCAGCCGCCUCGCUCGCCUGGUGGCAGCUCCGGCGGUGCCGCGGCGGCAGUGCGGGCGAAUUUAUGCCGAGUCGCCAUUGGGACAGAUACAGGAGGAUCAGUGCGUCUUCCUGCGGCGUUUUGCGGUGUGUACGGCCUAAAGCCCUCGUACGGCAUGCUGAGUCGCUGGGGCGUCGUAUCCUACGCGGACUCCUUAGACACGGUGGGCAUUCUGGCUAGGAACGUAGCCGAUGUGCAAACCGUGUACGAUGUGCUGGCUCAACCGGAUGCGCAUGACUCUACGUGCGUCGAGGCAAAGGUGCGUGCUACGCUUCGUGAAAACGUCGCGCAGCGCAUAGCAUCGCUGGACGUGCCCUUACAGGGACUGCGGAUUGGCAUUGUCGCUGAAGCGUUCCCUGCUGAGAUGGAGCACCAACAUGCCCAAGCUGCAGACGAUGUAUUGGAAGCACUACGUACACUAGGCGCGACUCUGGUCCCGCUACGUGCGCCCACACGUACGCAAGCGCCGAGCGCGUACUACGUGCUUGCCUUGGCCGAAGCGAGCUCCAACUUGGGCCGCUUUGACGGCAUUCGGUACGGCGCGCAUCCCUCGGCGGAAACAGGUGCGUCGUUUUACGCGGACAUUGCGGCGAAUCGCACGUACGGCUUUGGCGAAGAAGUCGCCAAGCGGAUCUUGCUCGGCACGUAUGCCCUCACAGCUGAAGCGCGACAGCGGCAUUUGCACGCAGCGCUGCGCAUCCGCGAGGCAUUGGCUCAGGAAACACGACGCAUAUUUGCCUUGCCUGACUUGCGUGUCGCCUCGUACGAGGUAGAUCCACAAGGUGUGGACAUGCUAGUGUACCCCACCUCGCUAGCGCCUGCGCCAAGGUUGGACGAAGCGACGUCGCAUGAGUAUGCGCAGGAUACCCUCACCGUGGAAGCCAAUCUGACGGGCUUGCCUGCUUUCUCGGUGCCUGUUCAGCACAGAGUGCACAAGGACAAUGUGGCGCUACCGAUUGGCCUGACGUUUCAAACGCAGUGGGGCUACGAUGCGCUCCUUUUCUAUGUCGUGCAACAGCUACAGCAGCACACGAAUGCGUGGCUCGACUAA